CACGCACGUACAACACACACCCACACGGGCCAAUUUGGAAUCGCCGUUUAAACUAACCUGAACGUCUUUGGGAAUGUUGGAGGAAACUCCACUCGUACACGGAGAGAACGUGCGAACUCGUUACGUACGAUGCAGUUGGUGGGGAUGGAGAUCAAUGAGAACGUUAAAUAAUCUUGUUGGGUUACUUUUUAUGUGCCCAAAUCUGAGGAAUACUUUAUUUAUAUUAAUUAGCGUGACUCGUUCCGUGUUUUGCAGAAUAUUAUAAGAAAAACCUUGUGCACUGCUUAAUACAAUUACAUUUACACCCUUGAAAACCGUUUAAACCUCAGUCACACAUUCAUAGUAUAUUUGGAGUCAGAAUUUAGUCCAGACGAUCCCUGCUGGGGGUAGAUUUCUCCUACUUAGGAGGUAAAUUUGCUUUAAAAAGCUGAAGUUUAAAAGAUUUUGGAUAGUUCCCAAAGGAACACACGAGACUUUCAGCAACUGCGCCAAGAAUGUCCAAGAAGAAGCAUCUCACUGAUUGAUGUGUUGUCAUUGACUCACUGCAUUUUGUUCUGGUAUACAAGCAUGUGCUUAUUAUUAGCCGUUUUUAAAUAAACGAAAUGGCAUUAUUGCAGUUUGCGCCAUUGUUAUUUAGAAGUUAAAAUAAUGUUUAAAAACAACAUCUUAUUAUGUACCCGUUUUCAAUCAAUUUAUUAUGGUAGAAGUAUAUAUAAACUUCCUUUUGAAAACUUGCCACUGGGUAAAAGGGGCAAAAAAGGUUAGGAAUCCUUCAUUUAGGAUGACAUACAAGCUAUUAAUCCACAUAGACACAAGUAGAACAUUUAUGCCUUGUACCUUGCAGGCAUUUAAAACCAAAUCCCUGAAGUUAUCAGUGUUAUACGCUCUCCCAUCCAGUUUCUUAAACAGCUUUUUACUCAAAAGUAAUUGUAGACAUCUGUAGCACAUCCAAAGAGCAGCAGAAACCAACAAUAGAUGACAAGCUGGGCUAUUACAGGGUACACUCAGUGACAGUGAGCCAAUUUAAUAUUGCCAGGUUACCCGCAUAUGUUUAGAAUGUGUGAAGACAAAAUUCCCAGAAAAUAUCCAUAGAACAGCUGGGAUUUAAAUUUUCUGAAAACUGCUGGUUGGUCAGUAUUCAGAUCUGGGCUACUGGAGCAACACUAACCACUGCUAAAGAAAAAUGAAAGAUCGACUUGGUGAUCUUCAGAAUUUCUGUGAUAAUUCUACUGAUAAACUAACUAAUGAUGAAACAGACAAUGGGGAACUGGUUCAGGAAGCCAUCUUGUUUGAUGAGGAUCAUAUCAUGGAUGUUUUGUUCAAAGAAGUUCAUUCCUUGCGUCGAGAAAAUGAUCUCCUUAAAAUGGAGGUUAAGAGGCUUGGGAAACAAAACACUCGUUUCCUUACCUCCAUGCGCCGUAUCAGUAGCAUCAAGAGAGAUUCCAACAGUAUUGCCCGUGAUAUCAAGACCAGGGGUGAGGGAGUCUACAAACGGCUACAAAAGAUGGAGGCUUCCAGUAAAGAGAUUGAAGAAAAAUAUGGCGUCAAUUCUGCACUAGCUCGUAUUGUACGGGCACAGCUUGUAUCUCUGACAAAUGGAUUUCGUGAUGCCAUGUUUGAAUAUAAUGAAGCAGAGAUGAGUCAGCGGGAGAACUGCAAAAUCAGAAUUCAGCGUCAGUUGGAAAUCAUGGGAAAAGAUGUCUCUGGAGAUCAGCUUGAGGAUAUGAUUGAAAAAGGGAAGUGGGAUGUUUUCUCUGAAAACCUUCUGACAGAUGGAAAGGCAGCUCGCUCUGCCCUCAACGAAAUUGAGAACAGACAUAAGGAGUUACUGGACCUUGAGAGUCGCAUCCGCGACGUUCAUGACUUGUUCUUUCAAAUGGCGUUGCUGGUGGAGGAGCAAGGAAGCAUGCUUAACAAUAUUGAAAUGAAUGUUCAACGUACUGAGGACUAUCUUGGUGAGGCCAUGACUCACAUCAAGAAAGCUGUGGAAUACAAAAAAAAGAACCCCUGCCGACAGCUGUUUUGCUGCUGUUUUCCUUGUUGCAGAUAACCAGACAUUUUGGUGAUCACUGUUUUUGUUUUGUGUUUUUAGCCAUCACUAUAGGUGACUAAUCCCACCAUGAAAGUUGUGAUUUGUUUCAAAGUGCUUAAAAGUUGAGACAUGCAAGUUUUCCUCUGUAUGCAGAUGGCUGUGGCAAUAGUGUUUGCUGUAAGAGAUGACAAAAGGAAGUAUGCAGCGGUGAUAAUAUAUAAAAGCAAAACAGUAAAGCAAGCAAUCAUCAGGCAUAUUACUGAUUUUGUUUUGGUUUCAUAUUGGUGCCGUGUCAAAAGAAGAAAUGUGUCUCGGGGCAAAAUGCAAAAUCUAGCAUUUUGUUAGUAUUAUAUGCUGCCUUCAGCUGUAAACAAGUGGGCUACAUUUCAUUCUGGGGGUUCUCGGAUUUUCUUUAUACACUGAACUGUCACAACAUAAGUUGUUUUUGCUCACAUCAUAAGAUUUUAAUUUUCACUUUUAAAUCUUCUCAAAUUCAAACCCAGAGCCCUGUCAGAUUGACAGUUAAUCUGCUUAUAUUGAAACAUUUUCUUCUAGGCCAAUAUUCUCCAAGAAUUAUCAUUAUUAAAAGCUGAGCUGAGAAUGACAGAAUGGAAAUUAAAAGAUUUUGAUUGAAAGGGUAGUUUUUAAAAAAUAUUUGCAAGAACAAGUGUUUCUAUAUUUUAAUACUUAUAAAUAAGUGCUGUAAAAAUGUGUAUGACUGUUUUGGUACCGUGGUGUGUUCUUUGUGUGCGAUAUUUAAAAAAAGGUUUACAUGUGAUAAUCAAACAUUUAAUAAAAGAAGAAAAGCUAUUUAA